AUGCCGUCACCUGGAGCACCUCGGGGAAGAUAUUUCCAUGGGGGGAAUCCUGGCCUUGACCGGCCCCAAACCUUGGUUGAAAUAGCUUCGGUAAAAAGCCCACCGCCCCUUCGCCCAGCACCAACCCAAACGUAG